AUGUCUGGGAAGGCCAGAGUUACCUCCUUCCCCCAGAAGCCUCAGGACUCUCGCUGGGUACAGAAGAGGCAGAGUGGGAGUCAGAGCUCGGAUUGCACCUGCGGCCAGAGCCACAGGCAGAGCAGUGGAAGGCGAAAGCAACAGGAGUGCCAGCUUGAACAGGAGCAGCGCACCGGGCGGUCAGAUUCGGAAGGAGACUGGUUGCAGAAGUCUAGGAGGCGAAGCCAGAGCAGCGUUCGGACACCUCGGUGGCACUCAAAGGACCGGUCCUCACACUCUGACUGGGGAGAGACAUAAGGCUCCCGGGCCUAGAAGGGUUCCAGGCGCUCUCGGUCCCCAGAGUCAUCAGAAUCUAGCUGGGACUCCCCAAGACGCUCCUGGAGUCCAGAGGAAGCAGCCAUGGCCCCGAGGCAGCAGCACAGCCUGCAGGAACGACUGUGGCUUCCUGAGGAGCACAAGCUGCAAAAAGAGCUGCUCAAGGCCCUGGAGACACCCGAGGAGAAGCGCGCACGAAGACUGGCCAAGAAGGAAGCUAAGGAGCUCAAGAAGAGCCAGAGGAUGGGCUGGGGCGAGGAUCACGUGGGCUACAGCAACAGCAACAACCCCUUUGGAGACAACAACCUGCUGGGCACCUUCAUCUGGAAGCAGGCCUUGGAGAAGAAAGGCAUCAGCCACCUGGCCGACCAGGAGCUGAAGGAGCACAGCCAGAGGAUCCGGGAGGAGAACCGGCUGGAGCUGCACAAGGUCAAAAGGCUACGGCUAGAGCGGGAACGCGAGCGAGCCAGGCGGGAGCAGGAGCUGGAGUUGCUGCAGCGGGAGAAGGAGGCAGAGCACCUUCAGACCUGGGAGGAGCAGGAGCACAGCUUCUGCUUGCAGCAGGCCAAGCUUCGCUCCCAGAUCCGAAUCCGAGCGGGGCGGCCCAAGCCCAUCGACCUGCUGACCAGGUACAUCAGUGCAGAGGAGGACUCGGACCUGGACGUGGGGAUGCACGAACCCUGCACCUACCUCAACGGCCUCACGGUGGCAGACUUGGAGGACCUGCUAGAAGACAUCCAGGUGUCCAUGGACCUGGAGCAGGGCAAGAACGUGGACUUCUGGCGGGACAUGACCACCAUCACAGAGGAUGAGAUCGCCAAGCUCCGCAAGCUGGAGGCCUCUGGCCAGGGCCCAGGCGAGCGCCGCCGGGAGACAGUCCACGCAGCGGUCAGCUCCGACGUGCAGGCGGUGUUCAAGGGAAAGACCUACAGCCAGCUGCGGGCCAUCUUCCAGGCCAUCGAGCGCAAGGUCCGUGCCGGCGGCCCCGGCCUCGACACGGGCUACUGGGAGAGCCUGCUGCAGCCCUUGUGUGCACGCAUGGCCAGGGCCAGGCUCCGUGAGCGCCAUCGAGAUGUUCUUAGACGGAAGCUGUGCCGGCUGAAGCAGGAGCAGGGCGUGGAGAGCGAGCCCCUGUUCCCAGUCCUCAAGCCAGAGCCCAAGGCCACCCCCAGCCCCGAACCUGAAGAGCGGGCCCCCAGCCCCGGGGCUUCAGUGACCCCAGCACCGGGGGAGGCAGAUGGCGAGGCCGUGGCGCUGGAGGAGGAGCUGAUCCAGCAGAGUCUGGCCGACUUUGAUGCUGGCCGCUACAGCCCGCAGCUGCUCAAGAAGCCUCAGGACUCUCGCUGGGUACAGAAGAGGCAGAGUGGGAGUCAGAGCUCGGAUUGCACCUGCGGCCAGAGCCACAGGCAGAGCAGUGGAAGGCGAAAGCAACAGGAGUGCCAGCUUGAACAGGAGCAGCGCAACCCGGGGUCAGAUUCGGAAGGAGACUGGUUGCAGAAGUCUAGGAGGCGAAGCCAGAGCAGCGUUCGGACACCUCGGUGGCACUCAAAGGACCGGUCCUCACACUCUGACUGGGGAGAGACAUAAGGCUCCCGGGCCUAGAAGGGUUCCAGGCGCUCUCGGUCCCCAGAGUCAUCAGAAUCUAGCUGGGACUCCCCAAGACGCUCCUGGAGUUUCGGAGCAGCAGCCAUGGCUCCGAGGCAGCAGCACAGCCUGCAGGAACGACUGUGGCUUCCUGAGGAGCACAAGCUGCAAAAAGAGCUGCUCAAGGCCCUGGAGACACCUGAGGAGAAGCGCGCACGAAGACUGGCCAAGAAGGAAGCUAAGGAGCUCAAGAAGCGCCAGAGGAUGGGCUGGGGCGAGGAUCACGUGGGCUACAGCAACAGCGACGAUGCCUUUGGAGACAACAACCUGCUGGGCACCUUCAUCUGGAAGCAGGCCUUGGAGAAGAAAGGCAUCAGCCACCUGGCCGACCAGGAGCUGAAGGAGCACAGCAAGAGGAUCCGGGAGGAGAACCGGCUGGAGCUGCACAAGGUCAAAAGGCUGCGGCUAGAGCGGGAACGCGAGCGAGCCAGGCGGGAGCAGGAGCUGGAGUUGCUGCAGCGGGAGAAGGAGGCAGAGCACCUUCAGACCUGGGAGGAGCAGGAGCACAGCUUCUGCUUGCAGCAGGCCAAGCUUCGCUCCCAGAUCCGAAUCCGAGCCGGGCGGCCCAAGCCCAUCGACCUGCUGACCAGGUACAUCAGUGCAGAGGAGGACUGGAACCUGGACGUGGGGAUGCACGAACCCUGCACCUACCUCAACGGCCUCACGGUGGCAGACUUGGAGGACCUGCUAGAAGACAUCCAGGUGUCCAUGGACCUGGAGCAGGGCAAGAACGUGGACUUCUGGCGGGACAUGACCACCAUCACAGAGGAUGAGAUCGCCAAGCUCCGCAAGCUGGAGGCCUCUGGCCAGGGCCCAGGCGAGCGCCGCCGGAAGACGGUCCACGCAGCGGUCAGCUCCGACGUGCAGGCGGUGUUCAAGGGAAAGACCUACAGCCAGCUGCGGGCCAUCUUCCAGGCCAUCGAGCGCAAGGUCCGUGCCGGCGGCCCCGGCCUCGACACGGGCUACUGGGAGAGCCUGCUGCAGCCCUUGUGUGCACGCAUGGCCAGGGCCAGGCUCCGUGAGCGCCAUCGAGAUGUUCUUAGACGGAAGCUGUGCCAGCUGAAGCAGGAGCAGGGCGUGGAGAGCGAGCCCCUGUUCCCCGUCCUCAAGCCAGAGCCCAAGGCCACCCCCAGCCCCGAACCUGAAGAGCGGGCCCCCAGCCCCGGGACUUCAGUGACCCCAGCACCGGGGGAGGCAGAUGGCGAGGCCGUGGCGCUGGAGGAGGAGCUGAUCCAGCAGAGUCUGGCCGACUUUGAUGCUGGCCGCUACAGCCCGCAGCUGCUCAAGGCGCAUGAGCUGCCGGCGGGCGCGCAGGUGCUGGAGCCGCAGGAGGACCUGCAGCGCCUGCAGCAGUCCCGCCAGCAGCUUCGGGCCCCAGGGGACGCGAGCGAGAACUCAGAGGACACCUUCCUCCAGCGCGCCAGGGAGGGCAUGGGGCGGGACGAGGCGCACUUCAGCCUGGAGGUGCCGCUGCCUGGCCGCGCCUACCUGUGGUCCGACAAGUUCAGGCCGCGCAAGCCGCGCUUUUUCAACCGCGUGCACACGGGCUUCGAGUGGAACAAGUACAACCAGACGCACUACGACUCGGACAACCCUCCGCCCAAGAUCGUGCAGGGCUACAGAUUCAACAUCUUCUACCCGGACCUCAUCGCGAAGCGCGCCUCGCCCGAGUACUUCCUGGAGGCCUGCGAGGACAACCCGGACUUUGCCAUCCUGCGCUUCCACGCGGGCCCGCCCUACGAGGACAUCGCCUUCAAGAUCGUCAGGCGCGAGUGGGACUACUCACACCGCCACGGCUUCCGCUGCCAGUUCGCCAACGCAAUCUUCCAGCUCUGGUUCCAGUUCAAGCGCUACCGCUACCGCCGGUGA